GGGAGGAGUGUUGAUAAUUAGAUUGAAUUUAUAAAUUUUUUUAAAGUAAAAGCUAUGGCUGAGUUGUGACAGCCAUUUAGCGUAGCUGUACAAUAUACUCAAGUGAAGUCUCUUUUGAAAAAAAAAGAAUAUUGAGAGAGCCGGUCAUAUAACUCCAAAACUGUACUCAAAGUGGGCGGUAAGGCUAUAUUAUUUAAAACCGGUAAUUCCCGGUGCCAGUGACUCCUGAACAGUUACAGCUCUGCAAAGGACAAGUUUCGCAAGUGGAUUUGUUUUAUAUAUAAAACCCUCAAUUCUCUGCCGCUGUAUGAUAUUCCUGCAGUGGAACGAUUUAGCUAUGGAGGCACCUGAAUUCUCACACACAUACACCCAGCCAUCGGAGGAUCGGCGUUGUUGUUUUUGCUUUCCGUUGUCGUCAGGCGCCGGCUUGAAAUGGUGGCGUAAGGAACAGACUGAAGAAGUGAAAGAAGGUUCUGUUUGGGCUAAAGGGAUGAACGCUUUAAUGAAGCUACGAGAAUGGUCGGAGAUUGUAGCGGGACCGAGAUGGAAAACUUUUAUCCGGCGUUUCAAUCGGAACAAAAAUGGUACGCAGGGGAAAUUCCACUACGAUCCUCUCAGUUAUGCGUUAAAUUUCGACGAAGGUACUAUUAAUGGAGAGGAGGAUGAGUACGGGCUCCGGGAUUUCUCGACGCGUUACGCUUCAAUUCCGGCAUCGGCUAGAGGGUCCUUGGAUUUGAGCAGGGAUGGCCCUAAUUUCGUUUGAAUGAGUUCAGUGCUGGAGAAUGGAGAUAAUUUCUCACUUGUUAGAGCCUACAGCUCAGCAGGACUCGUCAUAGUAUAUACAAUAUUAUAUUUUAGAAUUAGUUUAUACAUUUCAAUGGGCUAAUGAGUUGGUCAAUUUGUGCAUAAAUAAAUAUAUUGAAUGGUUAAUUGGAGGAACAAAGCAACUUCUCUAAACUAUUUUGUUAUUGUUGGCAAAAUGGUUAAAUUUAUCCUUACCACUUGAGUAAUUAUGUUCUUGGUUAAA